UCAUUUGUCUGUCCGGUCGUAUCUCCUCUUCAUUGCCCGAUACUUGGCGAGUGAGAUGGUGGCCUCGAGCUCUCCCCGGUAGAAGCGCAGCCACGCCAGGGCCCUCUUGAGGUCCUCGGGCUGUUGGAGGUGCUGCCGCUGGCGGAUCCAUGUCUUGAUCUUGGCUAUCUCCUUCUCGCCGUCGCCUGGGUAGUCGUGUCGGGCGGUGUAGCACAUCUGCUUGAAGAUGGACAUCAGCCGCCGACGAAUCUCCGGGCAAUGAAGCAUCACCGAUGAAUCGAGGAGCGCAACUCAUUUUUUCUGCUUCUCUCCGCGUGCCGAUAUGAAGGCGACCCGUUCAUUCCG